CCGAGCGGGGUGAGCCCAAGACAAGAAACGAAGGCGGCCCCCUCCUGGAGCAAUGGGCGUCUGAGAGACGGGGCAAGACCAGGGAGAGUCCCAGCCUCCUCCCUCUUUCUCUUGGCACACGGCGGCAAGAUGUCGGACAAGACGUGCACUAUCCGCACUCGCAAGUUCAUGACCAACCGGCUGCUGCAGCGCCGGCAAUUCAUUAUUGACGUGCUGCACCCGGGCCGGGCGAACGUGUCCAAGAGCGAGCUGGCGGAGAAGCUGUCGUCCAUGUAUGAGGUCAAGGACUCGCAGUGCAUCUUCCUGUUCGGCUUCCGCACCCAGUUCGGUGGUGGCAAGUCGACCGGCUUUGGCCUCAUCUACGAUGACCUGAAGGCCGCCAAGCAGUUCGAGCCCAAGUACCGCCUCGUCAGGAACGGCCUGGAGAAGAAGGUGGAGAAGUCGCGCAAGCAGAUGAAGGAGCGCCGGAAGCGCGCCAAGAAGGUCCGCGGCGCCAAGAAGAACGCGGGCGCCGGCAAGAAGUAAAUGGUGGCCUCUUAAGCUGCUACACACUUGUCUGGCCGCUGGGCGGUGUAACGUGGAUAGUUCG